AUGGCGUGCAGACAUAUUUUUGCAGUCGUGCUUCUAUUGACUAUUUUCAGCGUUUUACUUGGCCAAUUUACUUCAAUUACACCUGAAUUCGAUCGCUCUACAGUUACACUCUUCAUUGGGAAGGAAAUAUCUGCUCCACAUACGUUCAACUGUAAGUCAAAGCCUUCGAAAUGCACACCUUGCGAAUUGAAUUUGAAGCUUCACGCGUUGUUGCGGUUCAUCAAGCUUGGCCAAUUUUGUCUGUGCAUUCUUCUAUCUGGCGAUAUUGCCGUCAAUCCAGGGCCUAAUAAUCUUCAACCACCUGCAGGCUUCAGAGGUUUAUCAGUCUGCCACUGGAACAUCCAACGACUGACUGACACCAAAUUGGAAGAACUAUCGCUAAUGCUCACCUCGAACAACAACAGUGCUGCUAAACUCGACGUCUUAAUUCUCACUGAGACGUUCGGAUCAAGUAAAAUUCCAGACAGCUAUUACAUGAUACCCGGCUACACAUUACACAGAAAAGAUCGAAUCGGGAAGAAAGGUGGCGGCAUAUUUGCGUAUGUAAAUGAGAAAGUUAUGGCUUUACGUCGAAGAGAUUUGGAACUGGAUGAUCUUGAAACUCUCUGGCUUCAAAUUUGUCCUCAUAAAUCAAAGAGACCGAUUUUGAUAUCUGGUGUUUACCGUCCACCUUCAGCCAACAAAGAUUAUAAUGAGAGCUUGGGUAAAAAUAUUGAAAAUGCCCAUCUCCAAAACAAUGAAUUGAUUAUUCUGGGAGACUUUAAUUUGGAUUAUAUUGAUUUCAACUGUUAUUCAAAACAUUGUCUCGCAAAGGCACUGAACAGUCUUGGACUAACGCAGAUGGUAAAUGGGGUAACAAGACCUGCCUCUGAUGCGUGCUUAGACCAUAUAAGAUCAUAUAGAUUUCCAGAUAAUGUUGUAAAGCUAUUGCAGAGCUAUCUACUCAAUCGCAAACAGUGUGUUACUGUAAAUAACUCGACUUCGUCACAACUUACGCUAACCAAUGGAGUUCCUCAAGGUAGCAUAUUAGGACCUCUACUGUUUUUAAUUUUCGUCAAUGAUCUUCCCGAAGCUGUUGGAUCGGACUCAACUAUUCAUGCUUACGCGGAUGACACCACAUUUAAAGCCAGCGCUAAUAUCGAUAAUGCACCUUUGGAAUUGGAACGACGUCUUCAAGAAUACAUGGAUAAAUUAAGUAAAUGGUCUAGCGAAAAUGGGAUGGUCCUAAACGCCGUUAAAACCAAUGCAUUACUUAUCACCGGAAAGAGGCUACAUUCAUCAUUAGCGGAUGGCAAUCACCUGUCAAUAACCCUUGAUGGGGCCGAAAUAGAACAAGUAACUUCUUAUAAAUUGCUUGGUGUAACACUCGAUCAAGAUCUUACAUUUAGCGACCACAUUUCUAGUCUAAAGGCCAAGCUUUCUCAGCGUAUUGGUUUAUUGAAGAAGAUAAAGAGAUACCUUCCAAUAAAAGAAAGACUCUUAUACUAUAACGCCUUGAUUAAACCCGUCCUUAUGUAUGGGAGCAUGGUUUGGAAUAUCUGCGACGCUAAAGAACUCCACUGUCUCCUAAGGUUACAGAAAAGGGCUGCCCGAGUAAUUCUUGGAGUUGACUCUUAUUCUAGAAGUGUUAUAAACUUUAGUAAACUAGGCUGGUUGCCUUUUUUUGAUGAAAUCAAACUAAAUAAGUGUACAAUGAUUUUUAAGAGCCUUAAAGGCGAUGUUCCGAUUUACAUCAGAGACUUGCUCAAGACGAACAGUUCUGUACACAAUAGGUCUACUAGACAUGGCAAUUUAAAUUUAGUGUGUCCCAAAUACCUAAGAAAUAACGAUGGUGAUGUUGACGAGUUGACCAAAGAUGUUGACGAGUUGACCAAAGAUGUUGACGAGUUGACCAAAGAUGUUGACGAGUUGACCAAAGAUGUUGACGAGUUGACCAAAGAUGUUGACGAGUUGACCAAAGAUGUUGACGAGUUGAUGAGAGGCGUUGACAAGUUGACCAAAGAAGUUGACGAGUUAACCAUAAAUGAGGAAGAGCUGACCUGA